AUGCGCAUGAACAGCAGAGGCUGGGAUGAUAUAGGUUACAGUUUCCUAAUCGGAGGAGAUGGUAUGUGCCGGGGUUGGAAUGGCAAAGGAGCUAAUACAAGGGGCUACAACCACAGGGCCCUAGGCAUUUCGUUCAUCGGUGACUCCACGUUGAUUGCCCCGGAUGAAGACAUGUUGAAGGCUGCAAGAAAGCUGAUAUUGAGUGUGGCAUACGACUGGGGAAAAUCAAACAAGGAUUACAGCCUCCAUGGCCAUCGAGAUGCUAACUGUACGGCCUGCCCCGGAGAUGGUUUUUACAGGUUUCUGCGAACAAUGCCGGGCAUUUGA